GUGAGAGAAAAUGGACGUCUACCGAACGAACAGGGGUAAUCAAAUGGAUUAUAAUAUCGAUAGUCGAAGUUCCAAACCUGGAAAAGCGCACCUCACUAAUGAUGAGCGUCUAGAUAGUGGACUAGAUUCCCUAAAAGAAGACGAAUAUAACCAGGUAGCGAAUGAAAUCGGGGAACUGCGCGUAAGCGAUGUCGAGUUUCCAAGACAAGAUUGUUACGAACAGUGGAAGGAAGAACUAACAGAGGACGGAGACACGCUUCUACAUCUCGCCAUUAUUCAUGAGGCCCAAGAAAUUGCAAUAAAGAUGAUUGAACACUCAAUCAAUGAUCCAUUCCUCAAUAAACAAAACUACCAGAGACAGACUCCACUCCACUUGGCAGUGAUCACAGAGCAGCCUCUGAUAGUCGAGCGGCUGCUUAAGGCAGGUUGUGAUCCACAGCUUGUGGAUGACAGCGGGAACACUGCUCUCCACAUAGCCUGCAGGCAAGGAUCUCUUGCCUGCUUUGGCCUACUCACCCAGGUGUGCCCUUCCAAGCUCCCAGCCAUCCUCAACACACCCAACUACAGCGGUUUGAAAUGUUUGCAUUUGGCUUCAGUCCAAGGCUACCUCUCAUUGGUGGAGAACCUGAUUUCACUUGGAGCAGACAUCAAUGCACAGGAGCAGUGUAACGGGCGUACACCUUUACACCUCGCAGUGGACCUUCAGAACCUGGACCUCGUCAGGCUCCUGAUCAGCAAAGGUGCUAAUGUCAACAGCCUGACCUAUGGAGGUCACACGCCAUACCACCUGACCUAUGGCAGACCCAACACAACCAUUCAGAGGGAGUUGUAUGAACACACUGCUGAGGAGCUGAGAGAACUCCCAGAGAGUGAAAGUGAGGAUAGUGAUGAAGAGGAGGAGCAGUCUGAAGAUGAAGAGAUGUAUGACGACAUACAGUUGACGGUGCCAAAGUAGAGGAGUUUACUGCAGGAACUAGAGAGAAGUCAAAACAGGGGGGAAAAACAGAAGUUCCCGUUGAGUCCCAGGAACAGUCAAAAAAAAAAAAAAGAAAAAAGGUGCUGAGCGACGGAAACAGCGCUGCGGGCUGGUGCGGCUUGGGAGACGUGGGGGAGAGGAGGACGUUUCGUAACGAUGAGGAGGAGAAACCCAAGAACAGAA